ACUUAUCUCCAUCCGGACACAAGCCGAAGGCAGAAGAUCAGAAGCGCAGGGACAAUGUCGACGGAUGAAGGAUGUGUCUCCACACGAGUUCGUCAAGGCUUACGCUGCCCAUCUCAAACGCUCAGGCAAGGAAUAUUUCGAUACGACGCCGUAUAGACAUUUAAUUGAGUUGCCACCGUGGACCGACAUAGUGAAGACUGGUAAACUCAAGGAGCUUGCUCCUUAUGACCCUGACUGGUACUACAUCAGAGCCGCGUCCAUGGCGAGGAAAGUGUACUUGAGAGGUGGACUUGGAGUCGGUGCCUUCCGCAGGAUCUAUGGAGGAAGCAAGAGGAACGGGAGCCGUCCUCCACAUUUCUGCAAGAGCAGUGGUGGUGUUGCUCGUCACAUUCUUCAGCAGCUUCAGACCAUGAACAUUGUCGACCUUGACACCAAAGGGGGGAGGAAGAUCACAUCGAGUGGUGAGAGAGAUCUUGACCAAGUUGCGGGAAGGAUCGCAGCUGCCGUCUAAAAUCAAGAUCACAAUUGUCAAUUUUUGAGAUUAGUUAUAAUGGAAUGAGUUGUUUUUUGAAACCAAUACUUGAUGGGCUUUCUCAUUUUUGUUUUGUAUUUUCAGCGACUUAUGCCUAAAUUACUCGAUAAUAUCCUUGUGUCAUGUGCGUAUGUUUUUAAAAUAU